GAAACGGCGAUCACCGCCGCACCGCGUUACAACGCCCGUCUCUCCCCAAAAUUGAUGCAAUAAUUACAAUAUCCAAUGAUAUCGCGUAGGUGUGAUAUUUAAGAAUCUUUUAAUAAUAACACGAACGACUGUUGUUGGCGAGUGUGCCCGCGUGACGUGCAGUGAGUGUGUACAGUGUAAGGUAUGUUGUGAUGUGUGUGAGACUUUGACGAUUUCAUCGUCGAUCGGACACGGAUGUUUCUUAUGAUAGUCCAGUAAAUGGUCCGCAAAAGCAGACCCGCCUCACAAGAUGGUCGACUUAUAGCACAAACCAACCACAGACAAUAUCUGGACAGGUGGCGGCGGAAGCGAAAAAAUGAUAAUACUGGCUAUUGUAUACUUCAUCUCGCUUCCCGUGCUUACAUCGAGACCGGUGAGGGGGGAAUCCACAAUGGAGGAGAAGCAUCCGCAGCCGAUGAUAAGCUCAAGAGUAGUACGGACAAAAUAUGGGGAUAUAAGAGGUUUCAUUGUAACGCCAGAGUCGAGGUUCUUGGAGCCAGUGGAAGUCUUCCGUGGUGUACCGUACGCUUCUCCACCAAUCGGCUCGCUUAGGUUUAUGCCACCCGUAUCGGGUGCACAGUGGUCUGGUGUCAAAAUUGCCGAGGAGUUCAGCCCGGUGUGCCCGCAAGUGCUUCCAGAUAUAAGGAACGAAACAGCAGUCCUCAAAAGGAUAUCAAAAGGCAGAUUCGAGUACUUAAAGAGAAUACUGCCGUUCUUGACGAACCAGUCAGAAGAUUGCUUGUACUUGAACAUCUACGCUCCAGCUCAAGCUGGCGUUCGAGACGCCGUUGCCCGGUACCCAGUGCUAGUUUUUGUACACGGGGAGAGUUACGAGUGGAGUUCGGGCAACCCCUAUGAUGGAACUGUGCUGGCGUCCCACGCCGGGCUGGUGGUAGUCACCAUCAACUAUAGACUGGGAAUAUUGGGUUUUCUGAACCCUCGAUCUGACGAGUUCCCCCGCUCGCCAGCGAAUUACGGCCUGAUGGAUCAGAUAGCAGCUCUCCAUUGGAUCAAAGAGAAUGUGGCAGUGUUCGGUGGGGACCCAACGAACGUCACACUCAUGGGUCACGGCACGGGAGCGGCAUGUGUACAUUUCUUGCUCACGUCGUUGGCUGUACCUGAAGGCCUCCUUUUCCAUAGAGCAGUGCUGAUGUCAGGAUCAGGUCUAAGCCCCUGGUCACUGGUAGCCGAUCCAAACAAAUACGCAGCCAUAGUGGCGACACAUGCAAACUGCUCUCCAGAGCUGACACCACCUGCGUUACUGCGGUGUUUACGCGAACGGCCGCUAGAGGCGCUACUGUCUGCACCAGUGCAAGCCCCUGACUUCGCUUAUGCAUUCGGGCCAAGCGUCGAUGGCGUUGUUAUAGACACAGGUGACUUGCUAGUGUCGCCAGAGAACGGCUAUGAGUGGGGAGGGCAGCCGAUAGCUCGCGCGCCGACAGGGAAGCAGGCACAGAACGCUAUCAACAUCAUCAACGCUGUGUUCAUGAGGAAGAGUGCGGUGGCGCAACUCACCAAGUAUGACUUAAUGCUAGGCGUGACAAAAGCGGAGGCUUACUUCGCCUUCAGCGGAGACGACGUCCAGUACGGUAUCGAGGCUGACAGACGGUCCAAGAUCCUCAAAUCGUUCGUAAGGAACACCUACAGUUACCACCUGUCGGAGAUUCUCGCCACCAUCAUCAAUGAGUACACUGACUGGGAGCGGCCAGUGCAGCAUCCUAUCAAUAUAAGGGAUGAAACUCUGGAAGCGUUAAGUGAUGCUCAAGUCGUUGCGCCAAUUGUACUCACGGCGGACACACAUUCGGCUCUACGCAGGAACUCAUAUUUGUAUGUGUUCGACUAUCAGACAAAGUAUGGAGACUAUCCGCAGCGGCAGGGAUGCAUUCACGGCGAAGAGUUGCCGUACAUAUUCGGCGCCCCUCUGGUGGGAGGCCUAGCACACUUCUCUCGAAACUACACUAAAGUGGAAAUAGCCUUGUCCGAAUCCGUUAUGACCUUUUGGGGAAACUUCGCAAAGACUGGGAAUCCUAAUGAAGGCCAGGACAGUGACCCCAUCAGAGUGGGCAGACAAGAAAGAUCAAGACUGAAAAAUAUCGAAUGGACAGCCUACGAAGCUGUUCACAAGAAGUAUCUGAGUAUAGAUAUCAAGUCAAAACUGAAGAACCAUUACAGAGCACACAGGUUGUCGUUCUGGCUAAAUUUAGUGCCAGAUCUACACCGUCCCGGAGGAGAAGACGUGCCACCUUCUCAUCACCAGUUGGAAAACGAUGAAACCGCUCUCCAACCAACAAUCAAAACAUUGAGUCCUCCACUGAAGAAGACUACUGAAAUAGCCACAGAAACAGGCCUUGCCACUAGAAUUCCAAUUGUGAGCGUUUUGAAUAUCACAUCUCCAUUAAAUUUCAAUAUUAUUGGUUUGCAUGCACCAACGCAAAGCAGUCCUGGAUCAGAAAUACACAAAUCGGAUACUUCCACAGCUUCUCCUCCCGAAGAUGGUUUUGCUGCAUACUCCACAGCACUGAGUGUAACAAUAGCUAUAGGAUGUUCCCUAUUGAUACUAAACGUGCUAAUAUUCGCCGGAGUAUACUAUCAAAGGGACAAAACUAGAAUGAACGGCCAGGAGCACGCAAAUGGUUCUCACCUUAAGAAACGUGCUGAGAAUGGCCAAAUGCCAAACAACAUUUGCGGUGAUCUAGAAGGAGCGUUGACGUAUCAGACGAGCUUGAAAAACGAUCCGGCGACGAUUCUCAGUCAUCACCACACACAUUCGCAUCACCAGUUGCCACCACCUGAGUUCGCAGAUCUUCCUAGUAAUAACGUGGCCGGUAUGGCCACACUGCCUAGAGCUCCUCCACCUCCUAAAAUCGGGAAGAGUAAUAUCAAUACGCUUGCAAGCGGGCAGCUGCAAGAAAAUCAGCCGUUGCUCUCCGCGCAUCAGAUGCAAAUGAUAAAUACUAACACUUUGACGAAGAAGAAUACCCAAUUAAACGCCAAGUCGAAUGUGACGAUGGAGGAGUUGAGAGUGUGACGUCAGCGCGCCUGACUGCAGCGCGCCGGCAGCUGCAGUGACGUAGUGCAUCACGAUGAGAUCGUGUGACUCGAGCCGGACCUUCUCAAGUGCGUCACAGACUACAUAUAAACUUUCAGUGUCUGUGUACUGGCCAGCAGAAGGCGAAAAAUUUUAAGUGAGGUGACAAUUGAACAAAGCCAUCAAUCAUAUCGUGUUGAAAACAUUGAAACAGACAAACAGACAGUGAAAUUUAAAGGUGUUUAUAGUGCGAUUCCGUUAGAGGACAACGUUAAAAGUUAUUGUAAUAUUUAUGUAAAUUAUUGUAAAUAUUGGCCAUUUUUGUGAAAAAAUGUGUAUAUAGUUCAGCAGCUCAGCCGCAUAUCCAUCCUGAAUACGUUUGUAAUCUUGACUAGUGGAGGUAUAAGACUAUUUGUGAUGAUGAUAAUUAAAAUUAUGAAAUUAAUGAUAAUGUAUAGUCGUCGGUCAGGAAUCUGAGGCGGAUUUCGUGCUAGGCGCGAAACAAACUCCAGUUUGUCGAAUCGACUGAAGUAAUUUAUUGUACGGAAAUUUUAAAAUAGCGGUUAUAAAAUUUUAUGAGACACCAUAGACAUCGCCUGCGAGAUGCCCAGUUAGCAAUAAAACCCCCAGUAAAAGGUCAGUUUUUAGUGUCCUUUUUGGUGAUUGUAUUGAAGUUGAGAAUCAUCUGAACCCGAAUAUAGAUUUUAAAUUCUUUGAAUACAUUUGUACAUUUUGUUCUUUACAUAGACGGACCAAUAGCGAUUGUAAAUAUGUAUAUAGGAUUAGAGAAUGGUGUAACCGGUUGUAUCGAUCCAUUGAAAUGUUAAAUCAAACCACGACUGAAACCUAUACAGUAACGUUGUAACUACGUUAGCAAUUAUAGUGAUACAAAUGGUUUUGUUUCAAAGUAUAAACUUCCGUUCUUAAUAGCUGUCUUUGUGUUUCAAUUAAGUUUUAUUUUUAACUAUAAUUUACGAUUCUAUACUAUCUUUUAGAUCCUGAGUAAUUGUAAACCUCGUUCAGUUUAAUAUUUCUGAAAUUUAUAAUUUAAGUGUGGGUGUUCCCAAAAUUUUUAUUUGUAUACAUGCACAAUUUUUUUUAACUAGUGUAUAGUAAUGAAGUCUGUACAUUGACUUCUAAUAACAUCUUACUGAAAUACAGACUAAAAAUUUUAAUAAAAUCGAUUGAAA